CGCCUGACAACCGGCUCCGAUCACCAAUGGCACAUCCCAGCGCUGGGAUAUUUGCCCUCGACCCCUCCGUGCAGGGACUUUUGACUUUAAGUGCAUUUAAGGAAGGCUUCGAUCUGCAGGAAUUCAUUACGUCAAUAUCUGACAAGCUUAUACAGCAGUCAAAAGAGGACACGGGGUCGUUUGACCCAGCGCCAUUCAUUCGUACCUUCGAGUCUGCUGUGGACAAUCUCCUAGCUAUCCGGGAAGACGUCCAGAAGAAGAAAGAUGCUUUAGAGGUCAGCGUGCGUGAUGCCGAAAGGGGUUUUUCGCGCAAAAUUAGUGAACUCAACUCAGGUUUUGAGGCUGUAAACAAAUCGUUCAAUAGCAUGCACUCCAAGAUAUCACUUGUCGGGAAGUCAGCCGUCCGGACUGGGGAGACUCUAGAAACCCUUCACGCUUCACGUGAGCGGGCACAUGCUACGCACGAUCUCAUCUCGUACUACCAUCAAUUCUCGUCACUGCCGGGGGAAGAGAACGAUUACACAACCUCGAGCCGACUGAAGUUGGAUGUAAUGCGCCGAGACGGAGGCAAAGCUGGCCGCCAGAAAGUUGCCGUUAUACUCAGACGGCUGAGUAUUCUAGCUCGCGAAGUCGAUUUACCAAAUGCAGAGCAGACCCGAAAACGCAUUGAAAAGUAUUGCGAACUCUUCGAAAAGGAUAUGCUCAAGCUCUUCGACAAAUCCUACCGUAAGGGUGACCCAAAAAUGAUGGGCCACUGUGCCCAAACACUGCUGGAGUUUAACGGCGGGGCUUCUUGCGUUCAGAUAUAUGUUAAUCAGCACGAUUUUUUUAUCAGCAAAUCAAAAAUGCUGGAAGAGGUAGACACGCAAGAUGACAGUGAACUAUGGGCUACACUACCGACCCCGUCACUCCCUAUGCCCAAGUCCUCUAAGGUUCUUGUGGAUCUCUUCAAUGAGAUAAGAUUUACUGUUGGGCAAGAGAAUGAAAUCGUACAGGCCGUGUUUCCGCAUCCUGUUCUGGUCAUGGGUGUUUUUUUGCAAAGGGUGUUUGCUCAGUGUAUUCAGCAGUAUAUUGAGCUCUUACUCAAUAAGUCGCGAUCUUUGUCUAAUCUAGCCUACUUGCGCGCAUUGCACCUUUGCCACUUGAGCACUUCCAAAUUGAUCGAAGACCUGAAGUCAACUUACGAUUUCUCUGCUUUGGCAUCCACUUUAAUACAAAAUGUUGGCAGAGGAAUGACCAUAGAUUCGGAUCUACCAACUUCACCAAGCGGAAUCCCUCAAACCGGGUCAGCGAACUCAUCAAGUGGAGCGGCUCAUUUGCUUAGUGGCGGUGCUGGGACUCUGUCCAUCCCAAGUCUACUCGAUACGGCUAUGGAGGAGCUUUUCGUUCCCUAUAUCGAAGGGACCAAAUACAUCGAAAGAGAGAGCAAGAACCUCAACGAGCUGUACUUUGGUGCGGCGUCCGGCGCAGGCUUGUUGGACAAGUUUUCGAAAUGGCAUUCAGCCAGCGCCAGUGGCUCAUCUUUUCCGCUCACUGGGUCGGGCGCAAGUACCGUCGCAUCCAGUGUAGCGUCAAGUUCAAUGAAGCUUCUUGAUCGGUUCGGUGGUUCCGGAACGGCAGCAACAGCCUCGUCUGCUUCUGCCGCCUUCCUCAACAACAUCGGGCGUCAAUGGAGGGGCGCAGUCUCUAAUCCCAGCUCUACUAUUGCUUUGACCGAACCCGAUAUCGAUGCCAACAAUGGAAAAGUAGAUGAAGACUCCACUUCCAAAUCAGCAACGGAAGAAGAUGGAAGAUUAAGCGUGGAUCUUGCCGAAACUGUUCUCAAAUGGCACGCUGAGGCUGUCGGAAGAUGCGUGGAGCUUAGCAUUAUCGCUGACAUUCCGAAGAAUGCUUUCGCUCUUAUGAAAGUGCUCGCUGAUGCUUUAAUUAAAGGCUACGUUGAAGUGGCAAUCAACGCUGCCAAUGCCGAGCUCGCAGCAAUUCCAUCAAACACAGAACCGCGUCUUAUUUCCUUGGCAUCUCUCAAACAAGCAGAUAUGAUUGUGCAUCUUUGGCAGCAGUACGUUGGCAUUGCUUUGUUGCCUCUGUCUCACACUGCCACUAGCGUGACCUUGAGGCGGGAAAUGAUGGUUUACAACAACCAAACCGUUAGCAGAGCGGAAGGGGCUGCUGCUAGUCUGGUGCGGAAGCUCACAGACGUCAUUCAGGCAUAUCUUUCGAAUUCAUUAUCCAAGCAGAAGAAAACAGACUUUAAACCCAAGAAUGAUGACCUAUCGUUUGCGCGUGUCAACACUGAACCGUGCGAACUUUGCUGCGAUACUCUCGAGAAAGUGCGUGAUGCAGCUCGGGAAAAUAUGAGCGGAAAAAACCUUAAAGGCUUUUUAACGGAGAUUGGUGUUGGAUUUCACACCUUGCUGCUGGAGCACAUGAAGAAAUUCCCGGUCAGCGCAACUGGAGGUCUCAUGCUUGCAAAGGAUUUGAAAUCAUACCAGGAUUCCAUCGCUUCGUUCAACUUUCCUUUGCUCACUGAACGCUUUGAGUUCCUUCGACAACUAGGCAACGUUUUCUUGGUCCGUCCGGAGAUUCUCAGGACAUACAUCAGGGAGAACUACCUCGGCCGUAUCGAUCCUGCACUCAUUCGGCCCUACUUAGCAAUGAGAAGCGACUGGAGCGGGCAACUGGAGCGUGCGUGGGAUCUGGGCACCGGAUUAAGCGGCGAGACAGUUUCUGAUCCUGUUAAUUCCAAUACUGGAGUUGCAACCCUGGACCUUCCCUCAUGGGCAAAUCUGAAUCGAAUGAGUUUGGCACGUGGGAUGGAGGGUGUCAACUUGCACGUCCACGAGCUCAAAGACCGACUAUCAGCAAGUGGUGUUAGCCAUAGACUGAGCGGAAUGAUGAAGGAUUUGGAAAGUCUGAGGCUGCGGGCUGGCGCGAACAGAGGUUCGCCGUCCACAACUUCGCGCUAUCCAUACGCAUGAUUGUUCUCAUACGUAUGCAGCUAUCGUUCGACAAAUGCCUAUACAUGUAUUGCUCUCAGAUAAGCGGCUACGAUUCGCGCUCACUUUUAAAAUACAUUCGUAUUGUGACCG